AGAUCAUCUAGGUAACUGUGCUUAUGGUUCUUCAAACCCUUUCAGCAAAUCCUAGCAGCCAGCCUUUGUGUUUGAUUAAAGUGGGCUGGGCUAAAAUAUUGGCCGAGGCCAUCAAGUGAUUCUCUCCCGCUCAAGUCUUUUAAUCCUUGAGGAGAAAAUGGACUGGAAAAUUCACGGAACUUUAACAGAAAGAUGCAAAAAUCGUUCUCGUUGAUCCAAACAGUGGCAAUCUCCGGCGUAUUCUCCGCCGUCUCAUGCUGGUAUGGAUUCAUGUUCGGUAGAGAAUCAGCGAGAAAAGAGCUCGGAGGUUUGAUCGAAGAGCUCCGUCGUGGAGGCUCCAAUUCUGAUUCCACUCCCCAUUCCUGAGUUAGGCAUUCCAAUUUCCCAGGACGGAGGAGGUUCUUCGUUAUCCGUUGCUAAGUUAGUUUCCGAUUUCGAUUAAUGUUCAUGAAAAUUGAUCAAUUGUUGUAUAAACCGAUGUGUUUGACAAAUCCUUUGAGUUAAUUCAAGUAUGAAAGAUUAUCGUUUGAACGAGA